AUGGCGGAACAAACAGAAAGAGCUUUUCAAAAACAGCCCACUGUAUUUUUGAACAAUAAACUGCGAACUUUGGGAAUCGGUAAGAAAGCGAAGAAAGAUGUACGUUAUGUUCGAAAUGUUGGACUGGGGUUCAAAACACCGCGUGAGGCUAUAACCGGGACAUAUAUUGACAAAAAAUGUCCGUUCACUGGAAAUGUUUCGAUUCGUGGGCGUAUAUUGACUGGUGUUGUUGUAAAAAUGAAAAUGCAACGGACAAUAGUAAUUCGACGAGAUUAUUUGCAUUUUAUCAAAAAGUAUCGUCGAUAUGAAAAACGUCAUCGUAAUAUGUCUGUUCAUUGUUCUCCUGCCUUCAGGGAUAUAGCAGUGGGAGAUAUAGUAACGGUUGGUGAGUGUCGUCCAUUGUCGAAGACUGUACGGUACAAUGUGUUGAAAGUGUUAAAAGCAUCAGGAGCUAAGAAAUCUUUCGACAAGUUCUGA